UGAUUAUAUAUAUUUGAUCAAUAAUGUUUGUUAUUGUAUUGCUAUUACUUGUUUUUAUAUUAUUGUAUAACUAUUAUGUGCAUUAUGGAAAAACCGGACGAUUCGUUAACCUAAUACCAGGACCAAUAUGUUAUCCAAUUAUUGGAAAUGCAUACCUAUUAUUCGGUUCACGAGAAGUACUAUGGAAUCGUCUGAUUACCUUUACUAAUCGGUACUAUCCCAUUUGCAAAUUUUGGAUAUUCUUUAUACCCGUUAUAUCCAUCCGUCAUCCGGAUGAUCUGGAGACAAUACUAAGCAACCCGAAACAAAUAAAAAAGAGUUUUAUUUAUGAUAAUUUCAAACCCUGGCUCAGAGCUGGUCUUCUCAUUAGUAAAGGUGCCAAAUGGCAUUCACGGCGAAAGAUAUUAACUUCUACACUUCAUUUUAAUAUACUGCAACGGUUUGUUGAGAUUUUGGACAAAGGAAGCAAAAAUAUGAUAAAGUCCUUGAAAAAAGCAGAAGGCACAGUUGUAAAAGAUUUAUCACCAUUUAUUAGUGAACAUACACUGAAUGCAAUAUGUGAAACUUCUAUGGGCACUUCUCUAAAAGAUCUCGGUGAGUUCCAACAACAGUAUCGAAAAGCAAUUCACCAAAUGGGCGAGCUUUUUAUUUAUAGAUUUACAAGACCGUGGCUGCGCUUUGACUGGAUAUUCUCAUUGACGCCAAAAGGCAGAGAACAAGCGAAGGUUCUAAAAAUAUUGCAUGGAUUUACUGAACGAAUUAUUGCCGAAAGAAAACUUUACCAUGAACAAACUAAUGGUCAAUAUUUGAAAAGCUUUGACAAUGAUAUAUCAGCAGAAGAAGAUGACGCAAAAACGAUUGGAACGCGAAGAAAGGAGCUUGCAAUGUUGGAUCUUCUCAUAGCGACAUCUCAUGAAGGUCUCAUGACUGAUUUAGAUAUUAGGGAGGAAAUUGACACUUUUAUGUUCGGGGGCCAUGAUACUACAUCGUCAAGUUUAUGCUUCAUUUUGGCAUUAUUAGCUGAACACAAGGACAUUCAGGAUCGUGUCAGAAACGAAGUCGACAUUGCUAUGCAAGAGAAUGAAGAUAAAUUAACUAUGUAAUUUUUGCAUCAACUAUCAUAUUUAGAAAGAUGUAUAAAAGAAGCGUUGCGCUUGCAUAAUGUCGUAUUUUUUAUAUCACGCGUAUGUGAAGAAGAUGUAAAACUACAGUCAUAUUUAGUACCUGCUGGAACCACCCUGCAUCUUGAUAUUAACGGAAUUCACAGAGAUCCCAAUUUUUGGCCAAAUCCAGAGGUAUUUGAUCCUGAUAGAUUUUUGCCCGAGAAGAUCCGAAAUCGUCACCCUUACUCAUAUAUACCAUUCAGUGCUGGACCACGUAAUUGUAUCGGACAACGAUAUGCUAUGUUGCAAAUGAAGAUGAUAGCAGCUUCUUUGAUUCAUCAUUUCUACUUGGAACCCGUUGAUUAUAUAAAGGAUGUUCGGCUGCAGAUUGAGAUCGUAAUACAUCCUCAUCCACUUCGUGUACGAUUUGUUCCAGUUUUGCAAAAUUAAUACAAACAAAAACAGAAA